AGAACAACUAAAAAAACGUAUUUAUACUUAUUAAUAAAAACUUAUUAAUUAUUCUUAAGAAUGAUUACGUCGCCUCGCCAACCAUUUGAAAUGAAAUGAUCAUUCAUAGAAUUGAUGCCUACCAUUUGAAAUGAAAUGAUCAUUCAUAGAAUUGAUGUUUGUUACAAUUGGUGGGUAGACGCAUUCGCUCAUUUGACUUAACAUCUGUACAUAUGUUGAGGAUAUUCCAUUACAACGUCAACAGACAUUGUCAAAUUUUCCGGCGUUGCUUUGACAUUUGGCGAAUUUGAUAACACUCUGAAACAAUUGAAUACAGCGUCGAGUCAUGCUUUGUUGUCGUUGGUUCAAGUUGUUUGUUUUUCUUUUUUUGCCGCCAAAAUAUUUUCAAAUGACGUUGACGAAAAGUGCCCUUGGUCAGGAAGAGGAUACAGCGGGACUACUGGACGGAGAUAUUUUCCUCGGUGGUCUGUUUCGCAUUCGUAAAACAAACGCAACAAACCAUUGCCAGCAGGAGGUCGAACCGCAGGUUGGUAUUCAACGCGUCGAGGCGAUGUUGUACGCCGUCCAGAAAGUUAACAAAGACCACACGAUUUUGCCCAAUGUGAUACUAGGUGCUGAAAUACGGGAUACGUGUAGCUCAAAGACGAAGGCACUCGAUGAAUCGCUAAAGUUCAUUGUAGACUCUCUUCCAUCGCGUCCGAAUGCGUUGAAUAACGAGCAGUGUUGGAGAAAUUACACGAAGAAACUUGUGGGGGUUAUUGGUCCAUCUAGAAGUACGCUCUCCAUCGAAGUGGCAAAACUAUUGCGACUUUUUAAAGUUCCGCAAGUGAGUUACGCGUCCACAAGUGCAGAACUGAGUAAUGAAAAGUACAGUUAUUUUGCAAGAACAGUCCCCUCUGAUGCAGUCCAGGUACGAGCAAUGAUAGACGUAGUGAUAAAGUUUGGCUGGAAGUCGGUGUUUACCAUAAACUCGGCCGGAAGCUAUGGUGAAAAUGGUAUCAAUGAAUUUAAUAAGGAAGUUAAGAAAACUCUUUCUGUUAUAUGUGUUGUCCACUCUGAACAAGUGAGUGACGAAUCCACCAUGGACGAAUACAAGAGCAUCAUAAACAAGUUUGCACGAUUCCCGUCAACUCGUGUUAUCAUUCUCUUCUUAAAAGACAACCACGUGAAAAUGUUGCUGAAAGCGGCGAAAGAAAGCGGCUACAUUGGUAACGUAUGGAUUGCAAGUGACGAAUGGGGUACUCGCUUGGACAUCGUCGAAAACAUGGAAGAUUUUUUCAAACAGUCGGAAGCAAUAACGUUUAAAAUCACUUCGUCACCAUUGAAAGGAUUCAAGGAACAUUUCUGCAGUUUGAAUGGGAGUAGACACAGCAGACAGAAUCCGUGGUUUCAGCAAUAUCUGCUACAACGAGGUAAAGCGACGUGUGACGAUGCUUUCAACGACAAAUUACCUUUCGUUAUGGAUGCCGUCGAAGUUUUUGCUAGAGCACUGGACAUCAUCUAUAAACGGAAAUGUCCCAAAUUACGUGGACUUUGCGACGACAUGAGAAGAAUAAAAGGCAAAGAACUAAGAGAUCUUAUAUUCAAUAAUACUUUCACAGGAAACUCGUCCCGUGAGAUAUCGAUUAGGAAAAAUGGUGAUUCUGUAGGUAGUUAUGAAAUAUUUCACUAUUCUGAUAAGAACAAAUAUCGAAAAAUUGGCGAGUGGCUAGGCCAGUUGCGUUUAAGCAAUUCUCCGGCAAAGUUUAGAAACAGCAUUUCAUCCGACUGUAGCGAUAACUGCUACCCAUGGAGCAGAAAGAUUCUGAAAAUGGGGACAACGUGCUGUACUCGAUGCGUUGAUUGUCCAAACAAAGACUGGCAAUAUGUUGAAAACGAAACGACGUGCGUUGACUGCAAGAAUAACCAGCGAGCUAAUAUCAAUCAUACUGGAUGCGAAGAUUUACCUACGCGAUACAUUUCAGCCACAUGGUUGAUUUGCAUUACCACAUCCUCGAUAUUGGGUAUCUUGUGUAGCGUGAUUACUGCCAUUCUACUUUUUCACAAUCGCCACACACCGUUGGUUGAAUCAAGUGGAAGCAUCACGUCCUUCUUUUUGCUUGUCGGGGUGAUCAUUAGCUACGUCAUUGCUAUCGUGUUUGUCAGCAAACCUGACGUAAUGACUUGUAUUCUGCAGAGAUCGGGCAAAGGUCUGGCCAACACGCUGUGCUAUGCAACGAUUUUGAUGAAAAUUGACAGUAUUAGAAAGAUAUUUGCCGCGAAAGAUGUGAAAUCGAAGCAUUUCACAAAAUGGCAUGCUCAUGUGGCGUUUGUUUUGCUUAUAGUCUCAAUCGAAGGAAUCAUAUCAACAGUGGGACUAAUCAUAAAACCGCCAAAAAUAAUCAGUGUUUUACCUUCGAGAAGCGGCGUUUUCAAAAAGUGUAACUAUGGUCUCCUGGAAUAUGUUACAUCCUAUCCAUACAACCUAUUACUCAUAAUUUUAUGCACCAUAUACUCGUUUUGCAUUCGGAAAAUUCCGUCAGCGUUUAACGAAAGCAAGCACAUUGCUCUAGUUUUGUACAGCACGUGUAUAAUAUGGUUGGCAUCUCUUCCUGUUUAUUUGGGCACUCCCUCGAGUUAUAAACCAAUCACAAUUGGUCUGAAUACGGCACUGACGGCAACCACUAUUUUGGGUUGUUUUUUUGGACCAAAAGUUUACAUGCUGUUUUUUAAUCAAACUGCAACUGGCGAAAUCUCAACAGCAAAUCAAUCGUCUCGAAGAUGAGUUGCUCUAAUGCUCUUUGAUGCCGAUUGAUAAACUUGUCAAAUAUGAAGUAUUUUUCAUGACAUCACAAGAUUAAGAAUUGUAUUGUAUAUAAACACAAAUGCUAUACACACAGUUUCAUUCGUAUCGUUCGGUUUCAAACUACUAGAAGCUAUAAUAGCGAAUGGACGAAUAGUGAAUAAUUUAUAACGGAGAUUUUAUAAAGAAUAUAGCAUGUCAGCUAAAAAACGACACUGUAGGAAUAUUUUUAUAGUUCACGACUUAAAACAAAAAUUAUUGACGAA